CUCAAUUGCGUGGAUACUCUCCAGCAACAUGGUAGCAGAGAUGUCGCCGUACGAUAAGGAGACGAAGGCUGUCAUUAAGUCUGCCGACAUGUCGGAAGAGAUGCAGAACGCUGCAAUUGAAGUUGCUACCGCGGCCAUGGAGAAGUACAACAUUGAGAAGGAUAUUGCGGCAUACUUGAAGCGAGAUUUCGACAAGCGUUUCGGCUCGACAUGGCACUGUAUCGUCGGGAGGAACUUCGGUUCCUACGUGACACACGAGUCCAAACACUUUAUCUAUUUCUACCUUGGUCAGAUUGCUUUUCUCUUGUUCAAGUGAGUUUCUCCUUUUACCGAGCCUGGCAAUGUUUCCCCAGGCGUCGCUACGUAUCGCAGGUGCGCUCAGACCGUGGACUGACAUCGCGACACAGAUCGGGAUAGGGUCUUGGGGAGUUUCUGGAGCACGCUUGGCAUUUUUAUCUUUUUACCC